AUUGUGGACUCUGGGAGCGUUCAGGAAGGCAGAGAGCAGAUUUCCUGUUCAGACCCUACCUCAAAAAAAGGAAAACCUUAAGGGAGCAGGAGAACGAGGGGACGAGAGAGGAGAGACGGGAUGAGAGAGGGAGGGUCAGUUAUGUGUUAAGCGGAGGAGAAAACACAGGCUGUAAUUUCUCUCCCCUCCCUGGAGCAGGAAAAAAAAAAAGAAAAAAGUUUGAAGCCUUGUUUCUUGACCAUGAGUCACAGUAAAAUAUGGACGAGCUGAGAGGAACAGAGACGAGGCGGAGGAGAGAAAACGAGAAGCUCUCGAGGUCCAGCUGAGAAGAAAGUUUGAAGAGGAAGACGUAGAGAGGGGAGAAAGACGAGGGUCAGGAGGGGCUGAGGAGUGAAAACCGCCUACAGGAAACCGACUCACUGAGUCUCUGAGUUACUUUUUCUCUCUGCUUUUGUGUCUCUCUGGCUGAACAGAGGAGAGAAAAAAGUGUCCGAUGUGGGGAGUGACGUCAGCCUGGUGCCGCUGAGCUCCAGAAUUCCUCUCCCACUCCAAGACUCCGGACUCUCGGCCACCAUGUGAGCCCGAUGUGACUUUUUUGUUCCAGAAUCUGUUUUUCUUUUUUUUUUAUUUUAUUUUCUUCUUGGCUCUGUAUUUUCUCUCGGCUUCAGCGCUCGUUCUUUCUGAUCUGGAUAAAACCUUGAGCUCCUGAUGAAGAAUAAAGCUGCCAAGCAGAAGUCCAAGAGGAAAGGAAGUGAAAAUGCGUUCGGCUGUGACUUGACCGAGCACCUCCAGAACUCGGGACAUGAUGUUCCUCAGGUUCUGAAGACGUGUGCGGAGUUUAUUGAGAAGCACGGCAUCGUUGACGGAAUCUAUAGACUCUCAGGAAUCACCUCCAACAUCCAGCGCCUAAGGCAGGAGUUCAACUCGGAGCAGUGUCCCGACCUCACUAAGGAAGUGUAUCUGCAGGACAUCCACUGCGUCGGCUCGCUGUGUAAGCUGUAUUUCAGGGAGCUGCCCAACCCGCUGCUCACCUACGAACUCUACCAGAAAUUCACGGACGCCGUGUCGGUGAAAGAGGAACAUGAGCAGCUCAGGAACGUGCAGCGCGUCAUUGAAGAGCUUCCCAUCGCCCACUUCAGAACUCUGGAGUACUUGGCGAAGCACCUGGCUCACCUGGCCACCCUCAGCCACCAGACCAACAUGCACACACGCAACCUGGCCCUGGUGUGGGCUCCUAACCUGCUCCGCUCGAAGGAGAUCGAGGUGUCGGCGUGUAACGGUGACGAGGCGUUUCUGGAGGUUCGGGUUCAGCAGUCGGUGGUGGAGUUCAUCCUGAAUCACACGGAGCAGAUCUUUAACCCCGGAGCCGAUCCUCCAAAACCCCUGAAAGAAGGUGCGGCUGUAACGUGUGUGGAGAAGUACGCUACGCUGCCGGCAGUGAGUCAGUGUCCACCGAUGAAGCUGAUGAGUCUGGAGGAAGCUCAGGCUCGAUCGCUCGCUCCCAAUCACCCGGCGAGGACCGAGCGACUCCGAGAGAACAGCCUUCCCGACACGAGCACCGCCGGCAUGUACCACACCGUUCUAGAGCUUAGUGAGAGCAAGAGGAAAUUCUCUGGAAAGUCGAAGAAGUGGAAGUCCAUCUUCAGUCUGGGUCGAUCCGUCGGUGACGGCAAGGGGAAGCUGAGUCGCAAUGGGAGCGUGUUCAUGAGAGCGCAGAACGUCUCAGAAAAGACUGGGAUACGGCCGUCCAAGAGCAUGGACUCCCUCUGCUCUCAGCCAACAGAUGAUGAUAAAGCCGUGUCAACAGGAGGAAAAAAUGGCUUCUUCGCUCCUGUGGUGAAAUCCCGAACCCUGGGUUCGGAUAUCAACUACGAUACUAAUGAACAGGAUCCUAACUGGGAAUUUGAAUUACGAAAAGCCAGCGGUGAAACCGGGAACAGUCCGAGCGUGAAGACAGUCCGAGGGACUCAAAACACCUCGUCGUCGUCUUCUCCAUCUUCAUCGUCUUCCACUUCAUCUCCGUUACAGCGUGCUCUUCCUGAGCAGUUGAAGGUGUUCAAAGGGGACGAGUUGUCCACGUGCCGGCCCACAUCCCCGAAAAACCGCCGGAUGUUGUAUUCCGGUUCCUCGCACAACGGUUCGUCAAGGCCAUCUUUUCCAGGCAGCUUGUUCCCGUUGGAGUCGUCGCCGAGGCAUCAACGUAAGGCGCUCAACAUCUCGGAGCCGUUUGCGGUGUCCGUGCCAUUGCGCGUGUCAGCGGUCAUCAGUUCCAACAGCACCCCCUGCAGGGUGGCAGGGAAAGAGCGGGAACGCAGUUUGGGAAGCUUGGGUAGUGCUAGCUUUAGAGAGCCACUCCCCAGCAACAGUGGGAGCUUUGAUUUCCGAGACAGGGAGAGACUAUUUGGGGGCAGAGAGAACCCGCUCGGCAACAGCGGAGGAUACGGUAUCUAUAGCAACAGCAGCUCCGUCCCCACAGAGGAGAGUCAAAUGAAUGAGAGGAGCACCGGGGUGGUCCCCUCCGAAACAGCAGCACAGAGCAGUGAUGUGGAGGUAAAGCCUCGUGUAGAAAUGUCAGAGAACUUAAUGCCAUCUCAGUCUAAAGCAACAGAAAACCAUAAAGAAAUGCCUCAAUCCUCUGGGAAAGAACUGGAUGCCUCAUCAGGGCAGCUCACUGAGCCAAAAAAACUGGACCAACUGGAUGCAGAAUCGAUCAAUCCAGAGCUGUGGUCUGAUCAUGAGCUCAGGAUCACCGAGUCCGAAACAAACGUUUCGAAUGACCAAUUGAAAACCAGUGGCUCUAUGAGCAAAAUCACUGGACAUGAUGGUGCUCUGAAUCUUACUGUUCAAGCUAAAAGAAGAAGCAGUUUACCUACUCAUCCAGUGUCUUCGAAGGGACACUUCAAAGACAUCAUAAACAGUCUCAUGAUGGACCGUUCAGGUGCUACACUUUUUAACACCACGUCAAGGCUUUCGCCGGAAACGCCAUCCUCACACGACUUUGACUGGAAUUACUUAGACGCUGAUAAAAAGGAUCACAAGAGCUUGGAUUCGUUUGAGUCAUUGGACAUUCUGGCAAACAAGCUGCAGCUCUCACCCUUCCUUCAUUUGAAGGAGACAGAUAUCCUCCAAGAUGCUGAUCCCUGGCCUUCUUCACCUGAAGAUCCUUCAGCCAAGGAAAGGAAUGACGCCGUUGCUUAUGGUAGUAGUCUUGAUAACAAACCAUGUGGCAAAAUUCCUGGUUUGUCUACAGACAAGAAUAUAGAUUUACCAAAGGACCAUGAUGACAGUAAAAAUGACAAGAAGAAAACUAACAGUAUCAGCAUUAAUUUAACAACCAAAGUAAAAAGUAACAUUGAAAGGCUUUCGAAAUGCUUGGACGAGAGACGCCUCACUAUAGAAAUCCCAAGCCAAGAUGAUGAUGAUAUUUGGGGGAGUCAUUUGGCAGGAUUGGAUCAAGUGGAGCCCUGGGAAGACUUCAGCACUGCCAAACAGUGGGUCACAAGCCCACUCCACUCAACAAAACUGGAAGAUCUUUUCCCUCUGUUUAAAACACCAGUGCCAGCUUCAGGAGCUGAAAUCAAAACAUCUACCCAGUUGAGCAUCAAUCACUUGCAAAAAGACAAGAAGAUUGUAGAUGAAGAACCUCCAUCAGGGAAAGUACCAGAAAAUACAGCCAUAACCCGUGAACCUGGUCUCGAUCUCUCUUCCAAAGUGAAAAAGGCAGAUGAAUCGGGUUGUGAAAAUAUAACUGAGCCCUUACUUGGUGAUAACUUUGAAGAUCCUGGAGAGAAAGCAGAGACGAAACAGGACCUUCCACAGCCUGUACAAGCCAAGACUACCAUUAACCAAGAGGAGACUAACAGAAUCUCAAAGAGAAACAGUGGUGCUUCAAAACCAAAGACUUCUGGCUUUUCCCAAAGAUUUCACAGACAGGUGUCUCACGAGCCCUGCAUCGCAGAGAGGAAUGAGGAAAACAUUGCUCCAAAACACAGACCAUACUCCCUUAACCUGGAUUUGGGGAGCCGGUGCAUCAGAGACAUCUCAAAUCAGCAGAACCUUGAUCUUGCAGAUCAUUCCUCUUUGCAGAGGGGGGCAAUAACCCCUUCUGGAACAAAGCAUGAUGGGUUGUCUCUGGAACUGGAGAUGUUCCUAAGGGACCGUCAAGCACCUAUGCGACGCAACUCUGCGCCGGUUAGUGUGUCUUCAGUGCGCACUGCGUUCAUGAUCAAAACUUGUCAGGCCAAAGCGGUGCCUGUUAUACCUCCGAAAGUCCAGUACAGCCACAUACCACAUCUGGUUCAUCCGGAGAAGGGCAGCCAUGAGCAAGACAAGAGGGAAAGUGGACCUGAGAAGAUCAAAGUAGAGAAAGCAGAUUCUUUACCUCCUCUCCAGGCAAUAAAAGAUUCCAAAGAGGAAAGGGAAAACUGCAAGCCGGUCACAAGGAUCCAAAGACAGGCGUCCAUGGAAAAAACGCCAGAGAUGUGCAAGGCAGCGCCUGCCCCUGAGUUUCCAGUACUGAGGAGGAAGCGGUCUGCCAAUGGGGACUCCUUUAUGGACUGUUCCAGACCAGAAAGAUCUACUUUACUUCAAAGGUCUUCCUUCCGGAAUCGUCCAAGGCCUCAGAGCCUGAUUCUCUUUAGUCCUCCCUUUCCUAUCAUGGACUAUCACCCAGCGGGGGAUGACGGAAAACUUGUCCUGUCACCCAUCAAGAGUCCUGCUGAAACACCUCCUCUUGAAGUCCUCACUAAGGAGCUCACAGAGAACCUUAAAACCCCUGAUGGGGUCACCCUACGAAACAAGAUGACUUUGCCCAAGAGUGGACAGAGAUUGGAAACCUCUACAAGCUGCUUUUACCAGCCCCAGAGGAGGUCUAUGAUUUUCGACAACAGGAGCGGUCGGCAGAUCGAGUGAGCCGUAUGUUAGACUCGUGAAUGUUCACAUCAUAGCUAGAGAACAGUUGCUGAAUGUAAUAAGUUUCUGUUUAUUUUCUGCACCAUAUUCUUCUUGCUGACCAAACAAUCUCAACUAACAAGGUGCCAUUUAAUUCUACAGGCGAUAAAUGUAGAACUUUUUUUUUUGUAAAAUGCUGCUGCUAAGGAACUUUUUCACAUCAAGGAGCCCUUGAAGAUAAACAAAAACCAUUUUUUAGUGAAGUAGCAUUAAAAAUAUGUUUAGUGCUAACUGCUGUACAUUUCGAAAUAGUGAAGAUGGUGAAGAUGAAGUUCCACUGAAUUACAAAGAAGCGUUACACGGAUCAAGUAAUCAAAUAAUUCAGGGGAUUUUUGUUGUUCGGGUCAGAUUUCUAAAUAGUAUUAAAUCCUGCAAUGUGUUUAUUUAAUUCUUACUUUUAUAUCCAUUUCAGGGAUUAUGGGAUGGAAGCCAAAAUCCGAUUGGAUAACUGAUAACUGAAAUUGAAUGGAAUGAUAAAAAAAAAAUUCUGCUUAUAGUCUUAUGUCAUGUUGGUGUUUUAAGAGAGAAAAACAGGGAGAAAAAGAAAAAGGCAUUUUUUUUCCUUUUUAUCUGCCGUGAAGUAAAUAUGGGAUGUGGCAAUACAUCAGAUAUGCAGUGUUGUAACAAUGGUGCAAUUAAUAUCUAUGGUGUCACUGCAUAGAUUUACAUAAAACCUUGAAGUCUUGAUUCAUAAUCUUUAUUUUAUAUUUUAUUUUUGUUUAUUGUUCACUACUUCAUCUAGCAUCUUCAUCUUGGAAUAUUCGACUUGUACAGUCUAGCUUUAACUGACACAAAUGGCUUGUCAUCAUGACACCAUCAAGGACAGCUUAUAAAUGUUGAAUGCCCACAUAAAAUAUGCACAAUGUGAUAAACGCCUUUUCAUAGAGGUUACGUAACCAGAAAAAAAACCUUGGUGGCACCGUUUUGAUGCAUAUUUUUAAAAAUCCAUGAAAAAAAAAAAAAACAUAAAAUAAAAUGAAAAUGCUGCCCAAAAAAAAAAAAAAAAAAAAAUGCUGGCUACAUUAACCACCUCCUUCCAAAUGGAGCACAGGAGUCGGGACGAUGUUCUGAAGUUUCCACGACAACAAUAUCGUGUGUGCUUAUUGUUACCGUAUAUUGUGUGAUAUAAUGUAAUACUGGGACAUGAAGUGUCGCCAUUUAAAAUAAAUAUCUAUAAGAAAGAUGUUAUUGAUUGUACAAAAAAAAAAUGCCUGAAAAUUCAUCAAGUGUGUAUUUAUUUAUGCAAUUUGGGUCUCAUGACAUUCAGUUUGUGUUGAGAAUAUCACUGUUGUAUAAAACGACUUGUUACAGCUGCAAAUCUAGAUCCUGGGGUAGUUGUUAGUACAGUUGUCUGAAGGACACCCAUUUAGCUUUGUGUAGAUUAGUGUAUAAAGAUAAGAUUUUUGCUGGGAUAAGGCUUGCUUUGAAUUAGUUGGUUGGUAUCUGGAAGUAGAUGUUUUGUUUGAGAGAAACAGAAUGAUGAAAAGCUGAAGAACGUGAAGGUUCUGAAACUGAUUUGAACACGCUCUCAUCUGCUUCACGGCUUAAUGCUGCAAUCCAUUGUACUCGGAGUUAUGACCUAAACACGUUCCAGUGCUUCGACACGGAAAAAAACACGGAUUCCCAGACCAUAAUCAUAUUUGUAUGGCUAGUCUCUGAAUCUGAAGAACAUGAUCUGUCACUAUGAUUGCGUUAGACUGAAAUAAACAGAAUUAUGUUACAAAUCUAAACUUACAAAGCUGUUAAAACAUCUUUUCACAACACAAAAGCUACGUAUCACGUAAAAUCUGAUGCAAAAGGAAAUCUGUUUACUGUUGACUGUGUGUGCCGCCACGUUGUUCUGAAGUCAGGAGUGUUUAUGUCGGAGAACUUGGGCUAGGUGGAUGUAGUCCAAAUCUCCGACUGGGAAUCCCAAGUCCAGCGACUGCUCCGUUGUACUUUUCAGGUUCUUCUGCGUACAAUGGAUUACAGCAAAAGGGUGGUUAAAUUACUGUCAGUUCGAGUGAAGUUUGUUGAGAUGAGAUUUCAGGAAAUGAUGGUGUGUUUAAUCCGUACAUACGUGUCAACAUGGGAAUAUUGAAUCUUAUAUGGAAUAAUAUGAAAUUAGCUAAUUAGCACAGAGAGUACGACUCGGCAAGGAAAAUGCUGAGGCCGAGUUUAAAAAUCUGCUCUUGUGCUGUAAGUCGAUGAGGGCGUGUUAAAAAUACAGUUUUAAACAUAUUGGAUGUUUCAGAGAAAGAGAUGAAGCACAAAUGUACAUUCUAUAUGUUGGAGUGUAUGGAGACAAAAAGAAAGAAAUUUUAUGUUGUCAAUAACUGUAACCAAAGAACACUAACUUUGUAAUGUAUUUUUUUUUUUAUUGCUUAAACUGGAUUUAUUAUAUGUAUCCACUGUAAACAACAC